AUGUAAGGCGAUGACAAAGUUGAAGCUUUGAAGGUGGUAACAGAGUAAAGAACAAUGGAGAAGGGCAUGGCGGCUCUGGUGCCGAGAGUGAGUGUUGUGGUAUUCGUACUCAAAGAAAAAACGGUGCUGCUAGGACGACGCCGUUCUCCGGGCGUUGGUUAUUCCGAAUUCGCCCUCCCUGGUGGUCACCUUGAAUUUGGGGAAAGCUUUGAGGAGUGCGCCACAAGAGAGGUAAAGGAAGAGACAGGUUUGGAGAUAGACAAGACAGAGUUUGUUAAAGUGACAAACAACCUUUUCCUAGACGAACCAAAACCUUGUCAUAUUGUAGCAAUCUUAAUGCGUGCAUGGUUGAGAAAUCCUCAUCAGUUGCCUCAAAAUCUUGAGCCUACAAAGUGUGAUGGUUGGGAUUGGUAUGAAUGGGACAAUCUUCCAGAACCACUCUUUGGGCCCUUGAAGAAAAUGAUGGAACAGGGUUUUAAUCCAUUUCCAAUUGCCUAGAAUAUUUGUAUCACUAGGUGCACUACUAUUUAUUCACCAAGUUGUGUCUUACUCCAAAGCAAUGGGUUUCUGUAUACUUCUAUUUUUAUAUAUGGAAGAUAUAUCUAUAAUAUUGGUGAAGAUAAUGAGAAACAACUUUAAAUUAUAAGAAUAUAGAUGUAAUAGAAUAUAUAUAUAUAUAUAUAUAUAUAUAUAUAAUAAAAGAAAAUAGAUAAUGUUUAUUUUUA